AUGAAACUGCACUUCCCUAAAAUAUUAUUAUUUUUCUUUCCAUCAAAUAUAUUGUUAACAUCAUAUCAUGUGCAUAGUAAAAAUAAACCAUACAUCACACCACGUCAUACACCAACUAUUACAUCACGAGUGUUAAGAGAAUGUGACAUACAUAAGUCAAUUUAUGAUAAUGAUGAAGAUAUGAAAUCUGUGAAGGAAAAUUUCGAUCGACAAAUAUCACAACGUUUUGAAGAAUACGAAGAACGUAUGAAAGGUAAACGCCAAAAACGUAAAGAGGAACGUGACAAAAAUAUACAAGAAAUUAUUGAAAAAGAUAGAAUGGACAAAUCAUUAGCAGAAAAAGUAGAAAAAUGUUGUCUUAUAUGUGGGUGUGGGUUAGGAGGUGUUGCAGCAAGUGUUGGAAUAUUUGGUGGAAUUGCUAUAAGUGAGUUGAAAAAAGCUGCUAUGAUUGCCGCUAUUGCAUCCGCCCAAAAGACCGGUGUUCUAGCCGGUGAAGCUGCACGUAUUCCGGCAGGUAUUAAGGCUGUUAUUGCAGGAUUAAAACGAAUGGGUAUAUCAACUCUAGGUGGUAAGGAUUUGGGAAGCUAUUUUGCUACAACAGAUUAUACUAAUUUCAAAACCAUUGCUCGUGUUAUAAAUAGUGAAUAUCAAACAGAUUCAUGUCUGAUAGGUGGCCCUGCCACUGACAAGUCUAAAACCAUUUGCAAUUGGGUGAGGGCAAAUUUUGUUGCUCCACAGGAUAGUCCAGGGAAGGGUGGUUCAGUGUACAAGUCUAUAGAAACAGCUGUAAAAUCUAUCGUCACAGAUGCCGAAACUGUUGCUCAAAGAGCUGUAGAAAACGCUACUGAAGAAGUUAUAAAAAAUAGCACUGCUGCAGCAGAAUCUACAUAUGCUGGUUGCCAGACUGCUAUUAUUGCUUCUGUUGUUGCAAUAAUAAUUAUAGCUUUAGUUAUGAUAAUUAUAUAUUUAGUUUUACGUUAUCGUAGAAAAAAGAAAAUGAAGAAAAAAGCCGAAUACACAAAAUUAUUAAAUCAAUAA